AUGGUGAGAGAGAAGAUCAAAAUCAAGAAAAUCGAUAACAUCACGGCAAGGCAGGUGACUUUCUCCAAGAGGAGACGAGGGCUUUUCAAGAAAGCUGAAGAGCUUGCUGUUUUGUGUGAUGCUGAUGUUGCCCUCAUAAUCUUCUCAGCCAUUGGCAAGCUCUUCGAGUUCACUAGCUCAAGCUUCAACACAUUCCAGCAAAUUGCAACUGCUUAUAUUGCUUCUCCUACUCCAUAUUUGAGGACAAAUCUAUUAGAGGAUAAGGGAAAGCAAGUUGUCUAUUCGUCUUCUAGUAGUGACGAAAUAGAGAUGAGUGAGGAUAUCGAAAAAAGUGAAGAAGAGGUGUCACCUUUACCUCACCCGGUCAGAAGACGACAAAGGGAGGGCACUUCUCGUAGUGCUGAAGCUGCCGUCUUUGAUAGUGCCAAGUUCACCAGUCUUAGGAAUCAAGGGUGA